AUGGGGAUCAAGCUCCUGAUGCGGAUGUUGCGGCAGAGCUUCAAGAGGUCCAACAAAGGCCUCUUGAUUCAACUCAGGCGGGUGCACAGCUCCAACACAGCCCUUCAGAAGAAGUUGGACGACCAGACCGGGAUGCUUGAGAAAGAGCAAGAGUUCAAUGCAGCUCUUGUGGAUGGCCUUCGUCAGCCAGGUACACCCACAUUUUCCAAAUCUUCCUGCAAGUAUGAGACAGUUGCUUGCUGGGAGUAUCUGGAGCAAGAGCCGGACUCGUGGAGACGAUAUCUCCCGGACGCGGAAAAGUCCCUAGAAGAAGCACGCUUGGACAAACUGCCCGAGCUGGCUAUGAGUAGCUCGGGCUUCAGGUAUCGCAUCAGCUUGUCUGCCAUGACGCAGACAAACGUGGAGACAAGGAGGACGCGUGCGAUCCGCAGACGAGAAAUUCUGCUGCACGCUGAUGCUGUGCUCAAGAUGACUACGGAAACCCAGCACUUGCGUGGAGAGAACCAGCACUUGAAUGCGGUCCUUCGCAAAAAAGCCGAAGAGAUCCAAGAACUGGAAAGAAAAGUUGAGAGCGAGGCUGGUCUGUCCAGUACUUGA